AUGAGUCUCUGUCGAGCGCUGAGGAUGGCCACAGUCGGCCUCUCGGCUUUCGCACGAGUUGCCUCGGCGGCCUGCGGCACGUCAGAGGCCUCGACUGCUAUCACGAUCAGACGCGCCGCCGAAGCCACGGCCCUGGGCAGGGCAUGUCCGACCGUCUACGGCUCGGUGCAGAUUGCCCCGGAUGCGAACGAGGACUCGGUGGUGCUUGAUGGGGUAGAGACUAUCACGCAAGACCUAGUUCUAUCUGGCUGCGAUGACGGGGGCUGUCCAAACGUCACGCUAGCUCGAAUAACGGGCUCAAGCCUGUCCCGUGUGCUGGGCCGGUUCGAUAUCCAAGGCCUAGGCACUCUCAAAGAAAUCGAAUUUCCUGGUUUAAAUGAGGUCGAGGGCAGUGCCAUGGUGCAGAGCCUUGGGGCUCUGGAUACGCUUGACCUGGGCGGUCUGCAUACCGUUCGUAAUCUGACUGUUGCAGACAUCCCCCAGCUCUACUACGCCGAGCUUGGCGUCUCAAGCGGCGCGACUGUCGUGGUAGCCGGCAAUGGGAAUCUUGUGUUGAGACUCAAUGCCGCCCAAGCUGCCGACGACGGCACUAUACAGAACCUGGAUAUCUCUGGAAUCGGCGAGCUGCGGUGGAGCAAUCGCAACCAAGUGGUGGUCGAUAGCUUCACACUACGAGACAGCAGACUCGAAGUACUCCCUCUGCUAUUCGACAGCUUCGGAGCUCUGAAUAUUCAUGACAAUAACAAGCUCACGGCGGUUCUGUUUCCCGCGGACGACCCGGCCCGGACGACGAUUGUAUCGAGGCUCAAGUCCAUCGCCGUGACGGGGAACCCGCAGCUGAGCCUGAACGCCAGCUCCCCCAGCAGGUGGAACGACACAGACAUGCUGACCUGGGUCUGGCCCAGCGAGAACAUGGACACGGUGCUGUUGGACGUUGCGCUCCAUGAUGCGUUCUUUCAACCCUUUGUCGACGCCCACGGCUACACCUCGCCGCAAACGGCGAACUCGACCAAGCCGCGCGUGCUGCAGGACUUCGAGAUCCGGUCCUCGGUCCCGGAUUUCCACUGCGAGCCCAUCGACGAGAUGCGGCGCCACGGCGUCUUCCCGGGGCGAUACAGCUGCAACGGGAACAGCGUUGCCGUGCCCAACGGCGGCGCGGCGGAUAGAGCGAGGCUCCGGAACGCGUUGGUGUUGCUACUUUUGUCCGUAUGCUUGGUGUUUGGUACGGUAGCUGGACUGCCGUAA